AUGUCUUUGGCUAAAUCUGCGGCAAACAAAUUGGACUGGGCGAAGGUGAUUUCGUCGUUGAAGUUGGGGGGGAAGACAGCAACACAGUUGACACAAUUCAAGAAGAGGAAUGAUGAGGCUAGGAGACAGCUGUUUGAGUUGGAGAGUCAGCCGAAGACGGUUGAUUUUUCGCACUAUCGGUCGGUGUUGAAGAACAGUGAGAUUGUGGACAAGAUUGAGACGUACUUCAGCAGUUACAAGCCUGUGAGUGUUGAUGUUAGUAAGCAGUUGUCUCGUAUCGAGGCGUUUGAGGCAAGGGCUUUGAAGAAUGCGGAGGAGACGGAGUUGGUUGUUGCACAGGAGUUGAAGGAUUUGCAGGAGACUUUGAAGAAUAUUGAGUCAGCCAGGCCUUUUGAUGAACUAACUGUGAGUGAGUUGGCCCAAGUUAAGCCGGAGAUUGAUGCGAAGGUUGAGGAAAUGGUCAAGAAGGGUAGAUGGGAUGUUCCAGGCUACAAGGAGAAGUUUGGCGACUUGACUGUUAUGUAA